AUAAUAUUAGUACGAAAGUGUCGAAAAUGGAACGAGAGAUAGAUUACAUGGAUAAUCAGCGAAGAAUUAAUAAUGUAAUAAUACAUGGUUUGGAGGAAGGGGCUGGAGAAUCGGCUAAUGAUACUUUAGAGGCAGUUAAACUCUUUGCUAUGAAUAAGCUGAAUUUGCCUGUGUUGAGAUAUGUUGAUGCUAGGAGAGUUGGAAAGAAAUUUGGUGAUAGGCCUAGAAUAAUAAUUUGUCAGUUUGGGUCUCUUAAUGAUAAAUUAUCUUUUAAAAAAGCUGUUUUUGAGUCCCGUAAUUUGAAUGUAUUUGUUAAUGAUGACUUUUCGCAACGAAUAAGAGAUAUAAGGUAUAAGUUAAGGAUGUUUGGAAAACAGAAGAAAUCUGAAGGUGCUCAGAAAAUCCGUUUAACUUAUGAUAAAAUAUUUAUUGAUGGAGUGAAAUACGGAUAUGAUGAGAAUUCGGGUAAAAUUAUUGUUGUUUCUUCAUAGCAACCACAGUCCCAGUGUACCUCUAUAAUGAUAUUGAAUUGUGCUGGUAUUAAAAAUAAACCGUAUUCAUUUUGGAGAUAUACAUCGCAAUUUGAUUUAGUUUUUUUGUCUGAAACCUGGUAUUCCUCU